GAGUUGAAACAAAGCGUCUCUUUCCUUCCCGGUGAAUUUUUCAUUUGCUUAUCCUUCCGAUAGUCUCGGAUCGGCGGCAGCAUUUGUGAUCCAGAGACCCAAAAAGGAGUGUGAAGAAUUCGAGCUGGAGACCCAGGAGACUCCGGCGCCGGGAAACGGCAAGAUCCGAUUCCGAUCACCUUCGGCAGCAGAGCUUUUAGAGGCACAGCUCGAUCCACUUCAAAUGGAGAAGACAAUGAAGAGGAAUAACAGGCAGUACGGUGGUGAGUCUUUCUCCGAUAAGAUCCAGAGGUAUAAAGGUGUGAUACUUGUGAUUUGCGUCCCGUUGUUUCUCGUUUCUCUAGUGCUUUAUGUAAUGCCGACGCAUUCGCCGUCUGAGUCGAUGGAAUCUCUUAAUCGAAAAUUCUCUCCGCAUCUCGGAUCUAUGAAAUAUGCGGUUAUAUUUGAUGCUGGAAGUUCGGGUAGUAGAGUUCAUGUAUUCUGUUUUGAUGAGAAAUUGGAUCUUGUUCCCAUUGGCAAUGAACUCGAACUUUUCGUACAGAAAAAACCAGGUUUGAGUGCAUUUGCUAGUGAUCCUGAGGCUGCUGCCGAUUCUCUUCUACCACUUCUAAAGGACGCAGAGAAUGUAGUUCCACGCAAUUUGCGCAGUAAUACACCAGUGAGAGUUGGGGCCACUGCAGGUUUGAGGCAGUUGGAAGGUGAUGCAUCUGACAGAAUUCUUCAAGCGGUGAGGGAGUUUCUGAAGAGCAAAAGCAGCUUCAAAGCAAAAGCAGAUGCGGUAACUGUUCUUGAUGGAAAUCAGGAGGGUGCUUACCAGUGGGUAACCAUCAAUUAUUUAUUAGGCAAACUGGGUAAGAAAUACUCUGAUACAGUUGGAGUGGUUGAUCUUGGAGGUGGAUCUGUGCAAAUGGCGUAUGCCAUCUCAGAGUCAGAUGCCCAGAAAGCUCCAAAGGUAUCAGAUGGCGAGGAUACAUAUGUUCAGGAAAUGUAUUUAAAGGGGACAAAAUACUACCUUUACGUUCACAGCUAUUUGCACUAUGGCUUACUAGCAGCUCGAGCUGAGAUCUUGAAGGUGUCCGGUGAAUCUGGAAGUCCUUGCAUCUUGGCAGGCCAUCAUGGGACAUACAAGUAUGGAGGAGCAGUUUACCCAGCAUCAGCCAUGUCUUAUGGUUCAAGCAUGAGUACUUGUAGCGAUGUAGCUCUAAAGGCUCUGAAAAUUAAUGAACCAGCAUGUACCCACAUGAAAUGCACUUUUGGUGGCGUGUGGAAUGGUGGAGGAGGAGAUGGACAGAAGAAUAUGUUUGUUGCUUCAUUUUUCUUUGACAGAGCUGCUGAGGCUGGUAUUAUUAAUCCAAGUUUAGCUGUUGCAAAAGUUCGCCCAGCUGAUUACGAAAGUGCAGCUAAGCGUGCUUGUGGAACUGGACUUGAGGGUGCCAAAUCUGAAUUUCCUCAUGUAGAAGCUGAUAACUUGCCAUACCUCUGCAUGGAUCUCGUCUAUCAGUACACUCUACUCGUAGAUGGGUUCGGACUUCAACCUCAGCAAGAAAUCACAUUGGUGAAAAAAGUUGAAUACAAGAAUUCCCUUGUUGAAGCAGCAUGGCCAUUAGGCAGUGCCAUUGAAGUUGCAUCAUCAUUGAGUUAACUUAACUGGGAAAUGGAAGAUCCAUUCAUGCAAUUUUGGGUUUUAAUAGCUUAUGAUUUUUCAACUAUAUAUUUUUGACCUGCAGCUUCUGAUAAGCCUAUUAGGUUAAUUUUCUGGAGCAGAAGGGAUUGCCAAAGUCCAAGCAGGUUGAGAUUCUUUAUUUUUCCCUUUUAUUAGAGGGAAUCCAGAAUAGUGAUAAAUUUGUUUGUAAUCAUGUAUUAUGAGAUCAAUUUUUUUAUUCCCACGCAAAUUUCAUAACA